AUGAACUUCAUUCCGUAUCGCAGCAAAAGUGUACCAUCGUUGGUAAGGAUGCCCUUUGGGCAUGGGACACGCCCGUUCGCUGCCAACCGUACCUCGGAGCGGAUGGACCGUUCGAUUCCGUACAACCGGAGCAGAUCGUUCGGGAAUCUACGCCGUGGUGUGAACGAGGAAGCAAACCUACCAUCACCGACCGACGGUGAACCGAACGUGAGACGUCCGCUCGACUCGUACGUGAUGGUGGUAGUGGCCGAGGGCCGGGGACACGCGGCCCUGGAGAUCGGUCUUGCGGCGAUCGAUGUUACCUCGCCCCACCUGAAGAUCACACAGUACGGGGACAACUUUUGGUACUCCGUCACGCUGACGACGCUGCACAGUCUCGAUCCGGCCGUUGUCUUCUUCUCGGAGCACAUGCUCGAACACGGUACAUCCUAUUUGCCGAAGCUGAUCCAGCAGUUCCUACCGGCGGUGCAGGUGCUCGGGUUGGGCCGAGCCUACUUUAACGACAGUUUAGCCGAGUCGUAUCUAGGGCAACUGUGUAGCGCAGAGUACGGGCGGCUCCGUGGGUUAAUGCAGCGCAAGUACUACGGAUUGGCAUCGUGUGGUGCGCUGCUGAGGCACUGCUGUGAGUCGGGCCUGCUGCUGAUCGCGCACCGUUCCCUGAAGCUGAGCUACAUCGAUAAAAUGGCCACAAUGACGAUGGAUGUGGAAAGUGUGGGCAAGCUGGAGCUGCUCGGUUCACUGCAGCAAGGCGACGAGCGGCAAUCGCUGUACGGUUUCAUGAACCACUGCGUCACCGGCAUCGGUAAGCGGCAUCUGCGUGCGAACAUCAUAGAGCCGUGGACGGAUCGGAAUAGAUUGGAGCUACGGUUGCAGUGCAUCCGUGAGCUUCUCGCGAAACCUAUUCUUUUGCAAUCGAUUCGAAGGCUUCUAGCGGAGAUCAAAGAAAUUGGGGGGCUGUUGCGGUUGUCAUUGGACAUCGAUCGGAUGAAAUCUACUCAUCAAAAUACGAUCCAUAUGCUGAACCAGGCAACAAGUCUGCGCAAUGUUCUGAAAACUGUCCCGAAAUUAAGCGAUCUGCUGCGCGAUGUACAGGCGGAGUACCUGAGUGAUCUGAAGCAAACGCUGGAGGAACGUGUGUAUGCCGAGCUGCUGGAGAAGAUCGGUCAAACACUGGACGAUGGUAGUCCAGGCGAGCGGAACUCGAGCUACAAUCGUUUGUUUCUGGUGCGCGCCCGGAUUAACUCGAUUCUUGACCUGCUGCGGACGCUCUACUCCGGUGUAAUCGAUGAAAUUCGAGAGUACGUAGCGCAGCUCAGUCUUGAGACGCGGAUGCAGCUUAAGCUGCACCACUCGAAGACACACGGAUUUCAUCUGCUGUACGCGCUGGCUAACGAUGGUGAGGUAGACAAUGUGGCCGAGCAGUUGGCGGCGUUCCGGAUCGUGAACCGCGUGGGACGCCGGUACACCCUCACUAACGGUAGGAUGCUGGCGUUCAACGAAAAGCUGAGUUCGCUGGUCAAAGAAAUCGAGGAAAUCAGUUACGGUAUCAUACAGCGGCUGAUCGAGAGCAUCCGGGAGAGUGUCGAUGCGGUGUACAAUCUGGUCGGCUGCCUGACGGAUCUGGAUGUCAUUCAAUCGCUGGCGACGGUAAGCCAGGGCAAGGAGUUCUGUGAGCCACGGUACGGGGAGGAAACGAAGAUCGUUUCCGGGCGGCAUCCUUUGCUUGAACGCUUCGGUGGUAACCGGAAGGUUGUUCGCAACAAUGUGAUUGCCACCCCGGAGUAUAAUGCAUUCAUCGUAACUGGACCGAACAUGAGCGGGAAGACGGUUUACAUGAAAACAAUCUGCUUGCUUCAGAUUAUGGCCCAGCUGGGAUGCUAUGUACCGGCGAUGGCAGCACAAAUCCGGAUCGUUGAUCGUCUGCUGACCAUCUUCGGCAAUGCCGAUAGUGUGGUACAGGAGGAUACUAGCUCAAUGGCCCCGGAGAAGCUUCAGUUCGUACGGCACUGCUUGACGCCAAACAGUCUCGUGGUGAUCGAUGAGCUUUACGCUGAUACGCAUCGACCUGAUACGAGCAGCCCCAAGUGGGCUCUGUUGGAACGAAUUGUAGGGCAUGUAGGAUAUGAUGCAGAUCCGGAGACGUUACCAACGCUGUCCUCAAUUCGGAAACCAUUUGUCUACGUGACGACGCACUGUCUCGAGCUGUUGCGACCACUGGAACAGCAUCAUAACGUUUCCCGGUUGUGUCUACAGACGGAAACGAUCAAUAUCGAUGGGGAGGAACGACUGAGGUAUAAGUACGUUGUUACCGAAGGACACACUCUGGUGCAAAAUUAUGGUCUUUCGCUAGCUCGUACCGUAAACCUGCCACCGGAGGUACUGGAACGAGCUGCCGAGCUUAAUAGUGGCCCGUUGAGGCAGUUUAUAAGUCAGCAGCUUCCAGUCCGGACAGGAGCAGGUGAUCGUACCAAUCUGUCCACCACCCUUGGCACUACCUUGUCCACCCAGUCCAAUUUCAAUGAAUUUUUUAAACUCUUCUACGAUCUGUACUCCAAGAUCGGUGAUGCUACGCGAAACGCAACCGACCUUCGAUCGGCACUGAUCGAACAGCUUGCCCGAUUUCAGAGCUCCUUGCCCGAGGAGAUACGAGCCUUUCUUCAGGAGACUCCACUGGAGCGGUUGCUGCAGCUCGACGACGGUUGACGAGCCCCUCUCGCGUGGUUUCAACGAUCGAUGGCCCUGGCCGGGGGGCGUUGUUUUUUUGUUUUUCAUCGUCGAACAUCAUUGAGGGUCGAGCAAUCUAAAUAAACAGAUCCGCGAUGAA